CCUAAUGUAGGGAUUUUAGCGGCGCCAUGUUCGCUGUCAGAUAAACUCAAGGCCAAAUGUGUCAAAUUCCUAGAUUUUUAUUUACCAAAUCUAAAUUACUUAAUUAAUUAGUUAGUCACCCCUAAACGCUAUGCUUUAAAGACGGUACGAAAUGGUUGAAAAUCUCAGUUUGGGACAUUUAAUUUAUUUAUUAAUUGUAAUUAGCGUUGUAAAAGCCGGUGAUGACGACUGGCACGGGGGUUGGUUUCCCUACGCCCCCGAUGUGGGCACUGACCCCAACCCUGUCUUCACAAUUAGGAAAAAUAUGUACGACCCUAAACACGGGGUUGUGAUGGGUGUGAAAGACCCCCAUUGUGAUGACGCUAAAACUAAUUUAGAAAUUGACUGGGAUUAUAAUCCCGUCAAUCACUCUUGUUUUAUUUUCAACAGGCGACAGUUUUUUGAGUCUAGGAGUGACAUACACCCUGUACAUUCCCAAGACUAUAUUCCCAAAAGCUACAGUGCUCCCCAUAAAUGCAUGUCUGAGUCGAUUAAUUACAACGUAAUUGUGCCAACUUUUGGCACCCAUAGGCCCCUUUGGGCGAAAUACGGCGAAUAUAAGUUUCUCCCGCGUCAGCGUUGGGUCCACAAUCUCGAACAUGGGGCUGUGGUCAUGCUUUACCAUCCUUGUGCUGACAAAAACGAAGUCAAUUUUUUACGUAAAUUAGUCAAAAAGUGUCUUUACAGACACGUCAUCACGCCUUAUAAUUUAUUAUCAGCGCAACGUCCUUUGGCGCUUGUUACUUGGGGUCAUCGGCUGGAAAUGUCCAAAGUCGCGCCUAAAAUCGUCGUAGAUUUUAUCAGAAAACAUGCCCUCAAAGGGCCGGAACACACGGCAAGGGAUGGACAAUACGAUUUGAUGCUGGAAGAGCACUCGGAGGUCGUUUCAGACCUCAAGGAUCAGGAGUUGUGCAAGGGGUUGCUUUAAGCUUCACAUGUGUGCAAUUAUGUCAAUGUGUUUUACUAAAAUAUUAUAAUAUAUUCUGUUGUA